AUGUUGCAAGAUGAUGAUUGUCGAAUGGGGAAGCCUAAGAUGCAAAGAAAAGAUGCUGGACAGGUUGUAGAUCCGUCUAUGAAUAAGAAAGGAUAUAAAAUGCAGCCACCAAAGGUGAAGUGGAAUAAUGAAGAAGGGGAAGAAAAAGCCACUUUAGAUGUGCAAAUUAUGCAGGAGCAACCUCUAAUAGUUAAGGAUCAUAGAGGGCGAGUUGUGGAUUCGAUGUCAGGUUUGACCACAAAGGAGAAAAAUGAUAUUCCGGUUGAUAUUCAGAAUAUCUCAAACUCGGGUUCCGAAGAUAUGGCGACCACGCCUGGAAAAGAUGCGAAUAAAAAAUCUGUCCAUUGCCAAAGCUCGAACAAAUUUUCGGUGCCACAAAAAAUUGAUAACGAUGAAGCUAUUCAGUUGAAUGAAAGUGAUGAUGAUGUAAAGGAUGGCCUCGGAAUCAUAGAAAAACAGCAGCCCUUGGUUAAUAUAGAAAUUGAAGCUGAUUUGAGAAAGAAAGUUGCAAUUGGUGAGGUUCAAAGAGAGGAAAAUAAUAGUGUUAAGACUGAUGGGGAGCUACAUAUGGAAGAUGAGCUGAAUCAAAGUAACCAAUGUAAACAACUAGUUGUUUUUGAAGUUGUGAUUGAGGAAAGUGUUAGAGAGUAUAUACGUAAAGAAGGUGAUCCAAAUGAAGGCUUAUUAACAGUUACAGAGGCAGCACUCCGAAACAAGUAG